AUGAGUUACGGCUACGGCUACGACUAUUACCCUGGUAGUAGGACACAAAUUGAUUGGGGGCAUGUACAGUUCUCCGAUUUCUCAAAUGUCCAAUACUCCAGACCCGAAUUUUCAGAUGCGGAGGAUGAUCCUGGAAAGGAUGAACAUGAAGGCGGAUACACACAACAAUCACUAAUGAGAGUGCCCACAGCACCUACACCAUCACAGCCACUUUCAAAGAAAGACAAAAAGAAGUUAAAAAAGCAAAGAGAGAAGGCGGCUGCAGCCGCAGAAGCUGCUUUUGUGCCGCCUCCAGCACCAGACCCCCCAGCAGCCCCAGCCCCAGCUCCAGCAGAUGAUGAAUCCCCAGCAGCCACAACAUCCGCCAAGAAGAAGAGCAAGAAGAGCAAAAAGAAGGAAAAGGACUCAAAGCCUCUUCCAGUUCCUCCUCCUGUGCCAGUUCUCCCACCUCCAACUGCCGAGGAGAGCAAGGAGGCGGGGAAGGUAGAGGAGGAAGUAAAGGAGGAGACUGAAGAACCUGGAUUGGCCGGAACACAGGACAAGGCUAAUAACGAAGACUCACCAGCUGUGGAAGAAAAGGUCGCUGAGCCAGAGACAGCAUCAAAAGAGAUGGCGUCGAAGAGGGAGGAGGAAGAGGUAGAGGAAGCCCCCAAGGACACUGACGGCAAGGAGACACCCAAGGAACAAACAUCCCUUGAGGAGGCAUCCCAAAAGGAAGACCCCCCUUCGACUGAUGCACCGGCCGCUGAGGCUGAUGAAACACCUGUCAAAGAGGAAGCUCCAGAAGACCCCGCAGACGACGCGCCAAAGGAUGAACCGGCAAGCGAAGAAGGCACUUCGUACCCUGCGAUUGAGGCACCAAAGGAUGAUACUCCAACGGCCGACGAAACCACACCAAUAGAAGAGGCUACAGAAGAGCCCUCUACAACGGAUGCCUCUAGGGAAGAUUUUCCGGCGACUGAGGAAACGCCUUCCAAAGACGGGUCUCCAGCUAAGGAUGAAAACUCAAUUGAGCCAGAAACAUCCAGGGCACCGGGGAAGGAUGAUGAUGAUGAUGAUGAUGAUGGAGAUGACAAGCUUACAGCUGCCGCCGAAGCAAAACCUCUAAACAAAAAGAAGGAAAAGAAGGAGAAAGAGGAGAAGAAGAAGGCAGCUGCAAAAGCCGAGAAGUCUCAUCAUCACAAGUCCAAACACUCACAUUCUUCAUCGAAAGAUGCGAAUAAUUCCAAGGACAAAACACCCGAUUCACCAAAAGCCAUAGAGGAUGAAGAAGGGGAGAGAAAAGAGGCGACACUGGAUGUGAAGACUGCAGGAGAGGUUGCACCAACAGAAGAACUGAAGGCUGAAGAUGAAGCUCCAGCGGAGGAUUCAAAGAAAGCCUCGGCAGAAGAAACGAAGCCUGCAGAAGAUGAAGCUCCAGUGGAGGAGCCAAAACCUACAGAGGAAACCUCGACAGAAGAACUGAAGUCUGCAGAAGAAGCUUCUUCAAUAGAGGAAGCGAACCUUCUCACGGAAGAGACCCCAGGAGAAGAAAGCCCGGCAGAAGGAAAAGUCGCGGAUCCCGAAGGAGAACGCAGUCCUACGGAAGACACACCUUCCUCUUCCGAAGAACUGGCACCUGGCAAAGAACUGACAACUGGAGGAGACCCGAAGCCUGAAGCAAAGCCUGCAAAACCUGAGGAUGAGCCCCAGCCUGCAAAGGAGACAUCAUCUUCACCCCCGAAUCCGCCAUCAGAUUCUGAGCUAGAUCACUCAGGGAAAGCUUCGGCAGAAGAGGAGGGACCAGAUCCAAAACCUAUUCCUGCACUUAUGACUCCCGAAGGGAACGAAGCUACUACUCCCGAAGCAGCCUUAGAAUCUGAUAAUUCUGCGGGGGAUGAAGCUGCAGCUGCAGCAACCAAGCCAGCCGAAUCAGAAGAUGACUUAGCAUCAGUAGACACAAGCGCCGUGGAGGCAGGACUUGAUGCUGCCGCAAAAGAGACACCAGCUGAAGACUCAACAGCCGAAGACCAGUCUUUUCCCGAGGAAACACUAUCGACAGAGGACGCUGGAGAUAACAAAGUGCCUGCCGAAGUCAAGGAGCCGAACGAGCCAGAGGAAACAGUAACUGGCGAAAAGGAAGGCACCGACGUAACAGAAGCUAUUGAUGUUGAUAUUAAGCCUGUCGAAACCGAAGUUCCGGCUGUUCCUUCACCUCCUGAAGAGGCCGAGAAGCCAGAUGGCGGCAAUGCUCCUUCACCUCCUGAGACGGAAAUUGGCUCAUCGAACGACAAGGAAACUCUAGCACCAGAAGAUAAGCCCACUGAAGAUGAAGCGCCCAAGGAGGAAAUAUCCAAAGAAGAGGCCUCUGAGGAAACAAGGCCGACAGAAGACGCAACAGCUGUUGAGGACACAACUGCUACCACUGCAAAGAAGAAUAAGAAGAAAAAAAAGAAGAAAGGCGGGAAAAGCGGCGUCGCAACACCUCAGCCUGAGCCUGCUGUUGAGUCUGCUGCUGCCAAAGCUAAUUCUGUCGAGCCAGAAGGCGUAAAGCCUGACUCUGCUACAGAACCUGCGGUCGACUCUGUUUCUGAGCCUGAAGCUGCCACUUUUCCACAGGAAUCACUAGCCGAUGAGCCUAGCCCUGUCGAUGAUCCAGAGGCCAAUCAUGAAACUAUGGAGGCAGAAGGCUAUUCUGGAAAGGAAGCAACCACUGAGACUGAGGCAACUGUCGUUACAACUACAAAAGAGAGCGAGGAGGCUAUUGAUAUGACCGGGAAAGCUGCUGAAGAUGCCCCUGCAAAGGAGGAACCACAAAAAGCCGAAACUGAUGCUGAGCCGAUCAAGGACAUACCUGCAGACGACCCCAGCAACAAGGAAGCAGACGCUUCAGACCCAGAGAACAAGGAGCGGGAACCGACCGAACAUACUUCGAUUGUUGACGAAUCGAAGCUUGAAACUAGCGCUGAAGUGACACCGGAAUGUGGAAGCUCAAAGUCGUCGAAGCCAUCGGAAAAGGAGGACGAACAACCUGAUACUACUACAGAGACUCCCAAAGAGGCUGCAGAACCCGAACCAACCGUCAGUCCCGAUACAGAUGCUGCAAGCGAGCCUGAAGCUACGUCUAAGGAAGCAGACAACAGUGACACCCCUCCCACAGUGACAACACAGCCACCUGAGGAUGAACCAGCACCAGUCGAGAAGGAUAAGCCAGUGGUGAUAGAAGGAGAAGAUGAGCUUCCUACUCCAGAAAUAUCCACAAAGGAAGUCGAUGAACUGGAAACUCCCACUGAUGAUGCGAUUGAACCACUGCCAGCAGAGAAAUCAACAGAUGAUGCUGAAGGAGACGAAUUCACUCGAGGCCAAUGCAGAGUCUCCAGGAGAAGACUUGAUCCCGAAGACUCCGAGGAGGAUCAUAAGGAUUCUAGCACUCCUAGCGUAUCUACUUUUGAUGAGGCGAAGGCUGAAGUCAACAUUGAGGAUGGCGAAAAUACCGAAGAAGUCACACAAGAUAUAUCAACAAGUGACACUGAAGCUACCAAAGAAGCAGAGGGCAACAGCGAAAAACCAGCAAUCCCAACAGAGGACGACAAAACAGCGGACGAAACAUCCGAUAAAACGGUUACUGAAGAGAAGACCGACCCGGUUGAAGAGACAUCAAUUUCAAACGAGAAGAUGGAGAAUAAAUCGACGCACUCUCCUGCACAACAGGCAGCUGAUAAUACCACUGGUGAGACAGGAACAACAGAUGAGACUGUGCCAAGCAAACCAGAAGAAAGGGCCGCUGAAACUUCUGACGAGAAGCAAGCGGAAACUGCAGCAGCGGCCGAGGCGCUUGAGCCGGGAGAACAUCCAGAGGAGGCAUCCGAAGCUGUUGUUGAUCCCAAUGACAUGGAAAACGCUCCGGAGGCUGAAGACGGAGCCAAGGAGGAAACCAACCCUGCUGGAAAGGAGUCAGUUGUAGAUAACCUUACUACUGACGACAAACCAGUGGAAGCCCCCGGAGCAAUCGACAAUGAAGCCACAGAUGAUAAUUCGGAAGAACAAACUGAAGAGCCCGCUAAAGAGACACCAGCGGAGGAGCUUACUGCCGGUGAAUUACCUUCCCAGGAGAAGAUCAAGCCGGCCGACGAGAAAGCAGCACCUGAAGAUCAACCGGCCGAGGAAGCACUGGCAGCUCAAGAUGAGCCAGAGAAAGGCUCUGAAACCGCUGACAGCAAACCAGAGGAAGAGGCUACACCCGUCGAAGACAAGCAACUUGAAGACCCUUCAGCCUCUGAGGAAAAGCCUAACCAAGAUGGCAAAACAGCAGAAGAAGCACCCGCACCCGCACCCGCACCCGCAGCUGAAGACGAGCCCAAGCAGGCACCACCCGCAGAUGCACAGGAAGAAACCAACCAGAUUGCCGUGGCUGCUGGAACUGCCGAAGAGCUCCCAACGCCAGAGGAUACAGCUGUACCGGAAGAGAUAUCGGCCCAAGAACAGAUGCCUGCAGCAACCGGGGAUGCAAUCUCUGAGGACGAGACGAAACCGGAAACACAUGAGCCUCUUGCACCAGAGGAGGAAGCUAGGCCUACUGAAGAAGCGGCCACAGGAACUGAAGACACCACGGCCAAGUCGCUAGAUGAGCCUAUUGAUGUGCCUCCUGCUGAAGCAGAAAAGAAGGACGGCCAACCAGCUAAGGAAGAUGAAGAAAGCAAAGACACCCUUGGGCCAAUUCCAGGUAACAAGAGACAGGCUAAAAAAGUUUUCACAGAGUUGAAUGAAGAGGACCAUCAAGGAAUUCCACCCAGCGAGGAGAAUACAGCACUCGAAACAAUCACUCACCACCCGAGCCAGCUACCAGUGGCUGUAGCAUUGGGCGAUCAGAGGUUACAAGAGCCUAGCUCGGGCGAAAAAACGAGCACUGCAGCAGCGGAAGAUUACUCCGCACCCCUAGAAUCGAAGGCCGAGAUUCUAGAUGAUGUCCAAGAGAAGUCGAUCUCAGGACAUGUACCUCAACCAGGUCUGACGCCUCUUCUGGCCGCGAAUGCUCCACACAAACAGGGCCUUGCAGACCAAUCACGGGGCGUCGUCAAGGAAAUUGCUACUGAAGUACCUCCCCAGCCUCAGCAACCUGGGACUGAGAGCGAGACGAGAAUGGAGCCAGACUUGCCAUCCAUAGUUGCACGCAGCACAUCUUCAUCCCCGGCAGCUUCGAUAACCUCUGAUGAGGAUUCAGAAACUUCUCAGCAGCCUCUCGAGAAAACCGAUAAAUCAUCUCCAGGGCUGUUACAACCCAUCCCCACGCCAGAACCCACCUCUUAUGAGCCCAAAAUUCUCGAAACCGACUUUGACAACCCAGAAGCGCGAGAGGAAGAAGAAUCAGACCAUUCAGAGGCUGAAUCGCACAUGCAAGAACUUGCAGCUCCAAGUCACGUCCAAGAAUUAGGGCCGUCAGAGUCCAGCAAACGCGGUUCGACGGAAGAGACACCCCUUGGCGAGCUUGAAGAAUCUGAUGCCAUCUCACGCGCCAGUUCACCAGAUGAACCAUCUGCUUCCACAGACGCUGAACCUGUUGAUGAUGAUGCUAGUAGCCUCGAUCGACAGAGUGUUGCCUCCGGACCCCCAUCAAUCGACCAGGCAAUCUCGCUUGAAGACGAGCCGGUUGCUGUGGAGAUCAGUGAUCAUGAUGACUCUGGUUCCGAGGAUGACUCAGAGGAUGAGCAUUCUGAAGCCGGCUCUGAAGCUGAACCUCAGCCAGCAACUGGUAUCAUCAUAAUUUCAUCAACUAUCAUCAAGGAGGAUCACGACUCGCUGAGCUUGAGAGCUCAAGAUGGUCCUAGGGAAGACUCACAUGUGGGAACCCAUGCCCUUGUUCCUGGUGAUGAAGACGAGGACGAGGACGAGAAUGAUGAUGAUGAUGACGAGUCUGAUGUAGACCAAACUCAUAUCAUCUAUAAGGCCAACUCGCCAGAACUGGAAGCAAGCUCUAUGUUGCAAACCACUGAUGCUCCGCGUGGCUCGCCUUCUAAUGAUGAGGAACCGUCCGGUCCACUUGAACGUAUAGAACUAAACCUGGCAGUCGUUGAUGAGCAACCCCAAGACACUCCAGAUCGCGCAAUAGAUCAAUUUGAGGAGCUCAACCUGUCUGAUUCUGCUUCAGCACUGUCGGUGGCUACAGAUAUUCAAAAAAAGGUAGUUUCUUCUGAUCAGUCCCAGCCCAACUCUCCACGUCAUAGUCUUCCGAACCCGGAGCCUGGGACUACCAUUCCGGCGCUAGCCCAGGGUGAAGCCUCGUCUGAAGCCAAAUCAUCCAUCAAUCUUUCUAGGUCUCCGUUGCCUGAGUCUGUGGAUGAGGAGCAGCUUGAUAACGCCCCAGUCCCGCAUAGACCGCUCGGCCACUUUGAUGCCGACAGUGAAUCCGAGGCUGAAGGGGCGGAGAACGAAGCUAAAACUGAACCAUCGUCCUUACCACAGAUAGUUCCUAGCAAAGACGAUUCAUAUUUUGCUACUGGCGAUGAAUCGGAACAUGCCGGAAUACCUGCUGCUGCCGUAUCUGUUGUUCAGCCAAACCACGGUUAUCUUGACUCCGAGAAGAUGGUGGAAGCUCCUAGUACAGUUCAGGAUCGUGGACCUCAGGAUAAACACGAAUCCUUGGAAAGUGUGUUGGAUGUCGAGCUGCCAGCCGCUUCUGACAAUGGACUCCAAACCGAAAGCAGAUCUAUCGCCAGUUCCACAGAUGACGAAGUGGAUCGAAAGAUGACAGCGACAGCUGUGACCGAUGAUGAGAGCGACGAUGACCUCCCUGCCUCGAGAGAAAUCUCCCCCAUCGGCAUCGACAGAAUUUCUGCACCACACCAGCUUGAAGCAGUGGAACAGCCAAUGUCUAAAGGAGAAUCAAGUCAAGCCAAAAAUGCUAGGGUGGACGGUACUGAUUCUGAGGUAAUGCCGCCUCGUGAGAUUGAAAAUAUCUCGAUUCAAAGAACCACUUCUGAAAUCCCUGAGUGGCCCGAGAGUGAACCUGAGGACGAUCGACCAGUGCACGGUGCCGAGUCUGAAGCGCCAUCGGCUCUUAGUUAUGCAACUUCAUCAGAGGGAAUGAGGGGGGUUGGAGAUGAGUCGUCCUAUGACCGUACCACGUUCGUUGGCCUUCGAGACCAACACUUGUCUGAUCACAUGUUGCACGAAGUCAAGACUCCUGACACGGAUGACACUCAAGGUUCGGAGCCAAAGCCCGUGCAAGCCGCCGAGGUGAAACCUCUAGAACUCGUCCGACCUGAACACAUGGCUGUCAAGGUUGUUGAUAUCCCUUCGCGCGAUAAAGGCAAAGCAGUUGCUAGUAUACCAGAGAGUCCAAAGAGGUCUAGCUCUACCUCACGAUCAACACGCCUCUCCCGCGCUGAGCCACCUCGGACAUCGCUCAGGGAUCCCAUCUUCAUCCCUGCCGCGAGCCGACCAGUGGACGCCAAGCCUAUUCAACGGCCCCAGCCUCCUCGUGCUGAAAGCGAACCGGCCAAGGUGCCAAUGCAGGGCGAUCCUUCAGCGACGGCCGCCGAAGGCGAGUCGUCCAAGGGCCAUGUGAGGCACGAUCUCAGGCACCCAGCAGUUACAAUUGAUGAGGGGCUUAGAGAUGCUGCAUAUCGAGCUACCCCCUCAGCUGACUCGACUGUUGAGGUCGAAGUACAGCGAUCGCCGAGCCCUGGCAUCCGAGCCCGCACCUUACGACGCACACGAAAGACAUCAAUCCGACGUGCUGAGGAUACGCUGGCCGCCGCCGUGGUCAUAUAUGCUACUGCAGAGGCCCUCAGUCCUCCUGGCAGCCCCUCGCCUUUCAACUCCUACAGAAACGGGGGGCUUCCUAAUCUGGAGCAUCGGAUGGAUGCAGAGCCCAAUGAUUACAAUUUUCCAGCUGUUUCUCCUUCCCCGAGGAGCUUUGAUGAUGAGAUCGAAGAACUUCACAAGUCUAAUGCUGACUUGUUUGCAGACGACAGGAGCAGAGAAUCUGACUCGCGCCGACAUUCCCAUCACUCGAACCGCUCCAGCGGAAGCCGUGGUGAGGAGGACAGAGAGCGCAGGUAUCGCGGCGAUGACGAGAGGCGAGCUCAUCGGUCUCGGGAGGAAGACGAGGGCCGCCACCGCCGACUGUCUCACCGCGAGGGCGAGUCUCGAUAUCGUCGCCAUCGUGAAGAAGACGAAACGCAAGCUCGUGACUCACGUGGUGAGGCUGAAGCUAAGCUCAGGAGCUCUCGCGCUCCCGAAGAGCCAAGAAGCAGAGGGAGGGCUGAAGAACCAGCUUCACGUGCCCCUCCCCAGGAAGAUGAGGGCCGAGAGCGCAGGCGGCGAUCAUCUGGUACUCAUCCUUAUCGACGCCAUCGAUCCGACACGGUCGAAUCGGGCCCCCCAGGCACGCCACCCAGAACACCGCGACGAGAUAGUGGCUUUUCUGCCGACAAUAGUUCUGGAAGCUCUGGUCACAAACGUCGAACCCCUGAGGAACAAGCUGCCCAUGACAAACGAAAAGCAGAAAGAGCAGAACGGCGAGCACGAGAAGAAGCUGGCGGAAGGCGUGAACCCUCGGGAUAUCGAGAGGAAAGGGAGAGCAAGGGCAAAGAGCCUCCUGAACCCGAGCCGGAUCGACGACAUCGCCGCUCGCGUCGGCAUAGUCACUCUGAGAGACCUCGAUAUGAAGAACCCAGGGAACGUCCUCGAGAGGAGUCCAUCCCCCCUGCUCCUGUGCCUGAAAAGAAGUUCUUUGCUGUUAAGAACUCAGAAGGUGAGCCCGUGAUCGCUGAACCUGACUCACCUAAACGGUCUUCGACACGUCAUAGACGCGCUCGCCCGUCUACCGAUGAACCACGUCCUCGAUCCUCGCGCCGCCCACGUGAGGAGCCUGCCCCUGAAUCUACUCGAGACAGAGACAGGGAACGGGAGAGAAACAGGGAGAAGAGUAAGACGAGAGACAGAGAUAGAGACAGAGAUAGAGACAGAGACAGAGACAGAGAACAAGAGCCUCGACCUACCAAACACGUCAGGAUGGACACAGAGGACUCUCGACGCAAAGCACGACACGAAGAACGACGCAGAGCGCAAUUGAAGGAGGAAGAUAAGAAGCCAUCGGGCAUCAAAGACAUGUUUUCUCACGCCAUAACUGCCAUAUAG